AGCAGUCCAAUGGGCGAGUGUUCCUCGAGGAGAGGCGGGACUACACGACUGUCAAUCACUCCCAGGAGGCGGGGGAAGGCUCACAGAAAGAGCUAGGCUAGAGGAGCUACUCAACAAGGCGAACAGCAGCGAAACCACUUUUUACCCAUCCGCGUCAACACCAACCAAAGGGCCAAGGGACGACGUUAAAACCAAGUCGUACUGCUCACAUCAAUGCUCCUAUGGAUUACUAAUACACCGUCGUCGAAAAACAGAGGUGUUUCUCAACUUGACAGCAUAGCCUCGGAUUCGUUACACUGGUCACCUAGAGGACUCAUCGAGAGAUGAAGACUCUGGAGGAGCCCCCCUACUUGACAGUGGGGACGGAUGUUAGCGCCAAGUACCGAGGGGCGUUCUGUGAGGCCAAGAUUAAGACAGCCAAGAGGCUAGUCAAGGCCAAGGUGACCUUUAAACCAGAUCUAUCCACAGCUGAGGUUCAUGAUGAGAACAUCAAAGGACCUCUGAAGGUGGGUGCUGUUGUAGAGGUGAAGAACCAGGAUGGAGUUUACCAGGAGGCCACAAUCAAUAAGCUGACCGAUGCUAGUAUAUAUACUGUUGUGUUUGACGACGGCGAUGAGAAGACCCUGAGGCGUUCCUCUCUCUGCCUGAAAGGAGCGCGUCACUUUGCAGAGAGCGAGACACUCGACAGACUCCCUCUCACCAACCCCGAACACUUCGGCACACCUGUCAUCGGCAAGAAGGGCAACCGCGGCAGACGAUCGAACCCGAUUCAAGAAGAAGAAUUGUCCUCAUCCUCCAGCGAAGAAGAGGAUAGCAACCAGCGGCAGAAUGAGGAUCUGUUCGGCAAAGUGGUCUGUGUGGAGGGAGUCACUACCGGGGACAAGAAGAAGACCACGUGGUAUCCUGCUUUGGUCAUCUCCCCAGACUGCCACGACGACGUGACUGUGAAGAAGGACAACAUCUUCGUCCGCUCUUUCAAGGAUGGAAAAUUUUACACAGUGCUGCGAAAGGACGUUCGCGAGAUCAACAAUGACUGUCCUCCUAAAGCCGACGCAGGGCUCAAACCAGCACUGGACGCAGCCUUGGAGUUUCUGCAGCAGUUUGUUGUGCCGAGCACCUGGAAGACAGAAGUGAAAGAGGAAAGUUCAAGCAGCGAGGACGAGGAUGAAGAGGAAGAGGAAGGGCAGGAAGAAGAUGCCAGUGGGGGAGAGGAGGAGGAGGAAGUGGAACCGUUCCCAGAGGAACGAGAGAACUUUCUGCAGCAGCUCUACAAGUUCAUGGAAGACAGAGGAACUCCCAUCAACAAACGGCCUGUUUUGGGCUACAGGAACCUGAACCUGUUCAAGCUCUACAGGCUGGUGCACAAACUGGGAGGCUUCGACAACAUUGAAAGCGGCGCCAUUUGGAAGCAGGUCUAUCAGGAUCUGGGAAUCCCUGUGCUCAACUCAGCCGCUGGCUACAAUGUCAAAUGUGCUUACCGCAAGUACUUGAACGGAUUUGAGGAAUACUGCACCUCCACCGCCAUCACCUUCAGGAUGGACCUUCCUUUGAAGCAACCUCCCAAGGGAGAGGUGAAGUCUGAGGGGGAGGCAGGAGGAGCACCUGUCACCUCCUCCAGCUCGGAGGAGCAGAAAGCUGAGGUGGAUGGAGACCCUUGUAGCACACAGUCUAUAGUCUGCAAGGACGAGAAGCCUGAUUUUGCCCGAAACAAAACGGAGCCCGAACCAUCCAAAACUGAGGGGAAGGACAGCGGAAACGACGACGACGACGAUGAUGACGACGACGAGGAAGAUGGUCCCCUCAAUGGAGACGCAGACGAGGGCUCGUCGACGGCUCGCCUCGGAGCCGACGACAUGAAGGAGGACGGCGACGAGGAGCAGGAGAGCAAAGACAACUCUGGGGAUGACAGCAGUCAGGAGGGGGAGGAAGGGGAGGAGUUUGAGUGUUACCCCCCGGGGAUGAAGGUGCAGGUGAGGUAUGGGCGAGGCCGCAAUCUGAAGACGUACGAGGCCACUGUGAAAGAGGCAGACGGAGGGGGAGAGGUGCUCUACCUGGUGCACUACUGUGGCUGGAACGUCAGAUAUGAUGAAUGGAUCAAAGCAGACAAGAUUGUGCGCCCGGCCAAUAAGAAUGUACCAAAAAUAAAGCACCGCAAAAAGAUAAAGAACAAAGCGGAGAGGGAGCGAGACAGGUUGGAGAGGCUCAAUGACAGAGAAGCCCUCGGCCCUUCGCCCAACUCUAACCGCCUCCCACGCUCCAAAUGUGGCCUGAGUCAGGAUGUCUUUUCCAAGAUGGACGAGGGUGAGGACAAAGGGACUCAGCAGUCUCCAGUCAAGUCUAUAGAAAUUACUUCUAUCCUCAAUGGCCUGCAAGCCUCGGAGAUGUCCACGGACGAAAGUGAGCAUGAGGAUGAGGAGGGAGAGCACAACGAGGAGGAUCGCCCGGGUUGCAGAGGCAGCCCCAGAAAGGCCCCUCCAGAACCCCCGCAAACAUCGCAGUGCUUUGAGAGCGGGACCCCUCCUGAAGCAUCCAAACCGUCUCCAGUCUCAGGAAAGAACCAGGAGUCGGUCAGUUCAGAGAGCGCAGAUGUUGGGAAGCGCAGAAGCCAACCGGAGCUGGAGGGAGAGGCGAGCAACAGGAAGAGAAAAUCUGAAGGCGCAGCAGAGAGGACCCCGAAAAGCCAAUCUAAAGCCAAGACCCGGAGCACCAGGAGUGCUGACUGGUUGCCUGGAGCCUCUCCCAGGAAACUGGAGGAGAGAGCUGCUGGUCCCGGGGAGGAGAGGGGGGCCUCGUCUAGCAGCAGUUCCGAUGACGAGGGUGCAACGCUGGCCGAGUCCCAAGCUGAGGAAAGUGAGCGAAGCCGGCCAAAACCCAAAGGUCCCCCUUCCAAGAAGUACAACGGAAUGAAGGAGAAGACCAAAGGUGGCAGACAAUCUGGGUUCUGGGAGAUUCCUGAAAAGAGGGCCAAAAUGUCUGGGAACUCAGAGGAAAAGCCAGCUGUCCGCUCUAAAGGCCAAAAGGAUGUGUGGUCCAGCAUCCAGGCCCAGUGGCCGAAGAAGACUCUCAAAGAGUUGUUCUCUGACUCGGACACAGAGGCCGCCAACUCUCCUCCUCCACCUGUGCCCCCGUGCCUGGAGGAGCCUAGCGUCGAACAGGAUGCUGGACCCGAGGACGAAGCCUCGGAGGAGCAGAUGGAGAACGACAAACUGCAGGAGUUUCCCAGCAGCGGCAGUAACUCUGUACUCAACACCCCACCAACAACGCCCGAGUCGCCCUCAGGUGGAGGCAGCGCCGUGGAAGACUCCGGUCCAGCGCAGCCCUCCUCCCCUCCGCCGUCCGUACCGCCGGCCUUGCCUUCAGAGCCGGUUUCGGACGCUCUCCUCCCAGGACCCACACAGGAGGAAGUGGCCGGUGGGCGCAGCGAGACAGACAGCAGCACAGUGGAAGUGGAGAGUCUGGGCGGGGAGCUGCAAGACCUCCCUCAGGAAGAGGGGGCAGGUUCCCCCUCGAAGGUGUUUGACGUCAGCCUCUCCUGCAACAGCAGCAGCAGCGGCAGUCUAGAGCUGAGCAGCAGCAGCCAACAUGAGAGUGAGCAGAAGUCCAAAGCUUCUGUGAGUCAGAAGCGGCAGAAGGAAUCACAGACAGGUGGACCCUCAAAGAAACAGAAGCCAAACCGCAAGAGCCUAGGUGUGCCUCCCAAAAAGAAUAGGAAAACAGCCAACAGCAGUGACAGUGAAGACCAGUCUGUUGUUGAGGGCACUGCCAAAUCAACUGCCUCCAAGACCAACGCACCAGACGUGAAGGCUGCCACUUCGCCUAAGUGUCACGGAAGAUCUCCUCCUUCGAGCCAUAAGUACCACAAGACGGGUGACGCCGAACACACCCAGCACCGGGACAACCACGGAAGAUCGCCACGUGUGUACAAGUGGAGCUUCCAGAUGUCUGACCUGGAAAAGAUGAGCAGUCUGGAGAGAAUUUCAUUUCUUCAGGAGAAGCUGCAGGACAUCAGGAACCACUACCUCUCCCUCAAGUCUGAGGUGGCCUCCAUCGACAGACGGCGGAAACGCAUGAAGAAGAAGGAACGGGAAAGCACAGUGGCUGCUUCCUCUACAUCCUCCUCGUCCUCAUCCCCGUCCUCCAGCUCACUGACUGCGGCGGUCAUGCUGACACUGGCUGACCCGCCGGUGUCAACCUCAUCCUCCUCUUCGCAGAACUCUGGGGUAUCAGUGGAGUGCAGGUGACAGGACGAACCAGCGAAAAGCCACUGCACUAAGCACUUAACCAGCACCCCGGGGUCACUGCCCCCAUUCCCAUCCAACAGGACAAGUCAACCUACAUACUGUAACUACUGGGGCCCAAAAACAAGACCAGAGACUUAACACAAAAAAAAAAACAAGAAACAAGCACUAUUUUCUAUUGACAAUUGUUUCCUUGGCAAGCUAUCGGCACUUAAGUGCACUUUUAUGAAGAUUGUGUAGGGGGGGGUAACAUUUGUCCAAACAAAAAAAUACAAAAUUGUCUUUUACGCUCUCCUGAAUUGAACAUUUAUAAGAAUUGUUUUUGCAAGCAAUAAUCGUUUCCAUUUGAUAACGUUUUUAUUGGUAUGGGUUGAUUUCCAGUGAAGACCCCUUUGUGCUCUGACCUCGUAUCUCAACGCGGUGAAGCCUGUGCUUGCCACGUUGUCGUGGGGGAAUCCAGAGGAUCACUGCCACAUUGGCAUUUAGAGCGUAAGAAAUGUAACCUUGCCACGUUUCUCUGUCCACCCUCAUUAAAAAGGCCUUCAUGUGGAUAAACCUCAAGUGGUUGACGAUGCUCUUCUCGCGUACAGGCAUGUGGUGCUGUACGUGGUUGCAUUGAGUCAUGUAGGUGUUGGCGGAUCGGGUUUCAUACCAUCAUAGGUCCACUGACGGCCUCAGUGGAUGAAUAUGGAAUGAUACUUUAGUGCCUUUUUGUUCUCCUCCAUGGGGCACUUUGAGAAAGGAGCGCACAUUUUUUUCCUGAUCCUCUUCUCAAAUCAGAGGGUCAGCUGGAAUAACGUGUUACUUACAAAAGACUGAAGAAUGCCGUAUGAGUGAGCAGGCAAUUAAGGGCUGAGUCUGACGGAUAAUGAUGGUUUUAAUCAGCGUAUGGUGAUAUUUAAAAAGUAUAAUAGUAAAAGCAGAACUCGUAUACUGGAUCACCUUUAAUCUACUACUGAAUUCUCAUCCAGUUUGGGUGCCACUGUUAAGUUUGGCAGUAUAAAAUGUGCAAUGAUGGAGGUGGUGAAUCCAAUGGUCACAUUACUCCAGUUCUUCAGCCUUUUAAAAGCCCAUCUGCUUUAUUUGAUUGUGUUUCCAUCACCCAUUUAACCCCCUCUGUCCCAAUGUCUUCACUGCGACUAGAUCAAGUUAGCCUGAAGGCAGCCAUAGGCGGUAUUGACAGCAUGAUCUCAGUACUGCAGAACACACUGAUGAAGCUGAAUCCCACAUUUUGCAGUGUUUUAAACAAACAUGAAGGUAUUGAAUUAAGUGUAAUUAUGCUUCGUUAAAUAAAGCAACGCAUACUCUUUUGGCAUCUUUCUAAUUUUACUCACGAUCAAAAAUGACAUGCCAGCUUCCUCUCACACUCAUCCCCACCGAAAAGGUUUGGUUCUGUGUCCUGUACUAUGACCAGAUUAAAGUUAAAGAUAUUGUAAAUGUGCAUUUAUAUCAUAAAGUGACGUAUGUGUAUACAUUUCUGAAGACAUCUCCAGUGUUUCCUUUGUAUAGACCCCCUACUGUAUGAUAACCUGAAGUUACAUUUUGUUUGGCACUUGUAUGUAAUUGUAUGCUUUUGUUAUACAUUUGUAUAUUGAGAAGUGUUUUGAGUCAAGCUAUUUAAUAUCUUGCACUGUUAAUAACAUGUACCUUUCUGUACAGACAGUUUUACGGUUUUAACUGCAGUUUAAGUGUAAAUACUGAGGGUUACAGCAUGUUUGUUCUCCCCUUUGUCCUCAUUAUUGUCCUCUUGUAGGAACAGAUUUAUUUGAGUUCAUUUAUUUGGUUUUGUUCUGCCUCUUUUCAUCAGUUUGAAUACUUUUUUCUUUUUUCCCUUUUUUAAUGUCAUGUUUUUCUUUAGUUUGUAUUGUUUUAUUUUUCUAUAGCUUGUGCUUGUAAGAGGAGAACGGUGGUUUUGGACACGGCUGAACUAUUUCCCAACCUGUACAUGGCCAGAAGCUUCAGCUGUAUGAACCUGUAUAUGGAAAAUAGUCUGGAACAUAGAUUAAGAGAAAGUAAUGGAGCUUGGUGAAAAAAAUGCUCAAUAGUAUUUAUUAGGCUCAUCUGAAGAUGAUCAUUGUGUAAUUUAUUGUAAAAAUGUAAGCAAAGCAGAAGCCUCUGUUUGAAAUAAAUGCCAUAGUUUGUGAAGUA